AGCCAAUAUGCGAGCAGAUUCCUUGGAUUUUCUCUGUAUGUAUCAAAUACAACGGUCAAAGAAGACGGGAUGUUGUGUUACAAAGACACCAACUUUACUGCGGCCUCUAUUCCGCCGACCAUGAACAUAUCAUGUGAUGUUCUCGGGCGUUUUGUGAUAUACUACAAUUCCAGAAAAAACUUGUCGCCCAUCAACCACGAUUAUUCUCCAAAGGUUUUUAAUAAUCUUUGUGAAGUGGAGGUUUAUGGUUGUCCAAUUGGAGUGUACGGAGCUAACUGCGAUAUUUCCUGUCCCCGGAACUGCACGUAUUGUAACUACAUAACGGGGAAAUGCCUAGGAGACUGCAGUCUGGGUUAUUCAGGACAUUCUUGUGAAAAUUAUGUACGAAAAAACUUAGCACUUCAUCGACCAACAACUGAGCUUUAUCCGUUCUCAUCUAAAAAUCCAAGUGGUAAACUUGUCGAUGGUAUGAAAUCUAACCUUGCAUAUGCAGGCGGUCAAUGUACCGCCACCUUGGAAAAUAAAGAGAUUGCGAUGUGGAGGGUGGAUUUAGAGCGCAUUUCACAGGUGGAGCGCAUUGUGGUGUAUGCUAGAACGGACAACAAAAAGUGGGACGCAAACAAUGGUUUUAGAGCGAGGUUUCUGGGAUUUACAGUUGCUGUUUCCAACAAAACAGAUCAUACGGAUGGUACAAUUUGUUACCAUGACAAACACCACACCAUUUAUACCUUACCUGCAGUGAUGGACAUUACGUGUGUUGCUGUUGGUCGAUACGUUAUCUUUUACAAUGAGAGAAUCAAUGGAUUAAAAUACCCAAAGGGCUACAGUCCACACGCGUUUGUUGACCUUUGUGAGGUCGAAGUGUACGGGUGUCCCUCUCCACAGUAUGGUUACAGGGAUCCCCAAUGUACACUCCCUUGUAUAUUUACCUGUAAAGAAUAUUUGGAAAAUUUAAGCUUUGGAAAAGAAACAUGGCAGUCCUCGACAUUUUCAGACGGGACAAGUGAUAAGGCUGUUGACGGUCAUUUUGAAUCAUUAAAGUGGGAUGGCAAACAGUGUUCAUUGACAAUACCGUCAACAAAAGCAACAUGGCGGGUGAACUUGGGGAGAGUUUACGCGAUUGACCACGUAGUUUUCAUGUUCCGGACUGAUAACUUGCCCUGGGGACCCGACAAUGGAUUCACGGCCGUAUACCUUGGAUUUUACCUGUAUAUCUCAAACACAACUAAUCUUGAAGAUGGAAUUCUUUGUCAUCACGAUACAACAUUCACGAAACAAACCAUUCCAAAAUUGUUAAAAGUUAAAUGUCCUUACUCUGGACAGUUUGUCAUAUACUACAACGAGCGUCUCCCUGGAGUUAAAUAUCCCCCGGGUUAUUCUACUAAGGCUCAGACGGACUUUUGCGAAGUACAGGUUUUUGGUUGCCCUAGUCCCGUUGCAUAUGUCCCACAAUGCACAAAACCAUGUCCCUCAAACUGUGAAAAAUGUCACUUUCGUACAGGGCUAUGUUCUAAAUGUAAACCUGGAUUCGAUGGCGUCGAUUGUGAUAUAGUUUGCCAUGCCCUGGCUAGAACCACCAUUUUACCCUCAAGUACGUUUAAUGCAUCGAUAUAUGAUGCCAUGACUUCGAGAAACGGAUUAUCUUUUUCAGAAGCAGACGAAGAUGGUCUCGUAUAUAUCAAUCUGUUUUUAUCGGGAAUGUCUUCAAACCUUGCUAACAUAUCGUUUGAAAUAAAUAAGACACACAACGUCACUGUGUUUUUGUUUAAUACAGAAGAUCAUGAAAUCAAACUGGUAAGUAAAUAUUCUUUUUCAUUGGAUCCUCUUUUAAAUCGUUAAAAAUAAAAAAACCAGCUAUUCUUAUCUCGUGUUUUGAAGUGUCUGUCAAAACGUAUGGCGAUUUUAAUUCAUUUUUUUAAAAAUAGAAUGAUACAUACAGGAUUAAUGUGAAGACAUUAUAUCAGAUUGUUCACCUUUUAAUUCACAUAAAUAAACUAUAAAGAGAGCUUUUUUAAUAAUAUUUUUUUUCCUUUUUUUUCGCAAUUGACAGUUUGUGUUUGUCCGUCUGUCUGUCUGUUAGAUUUUUUUUUUGGGUACAUUUUUUUUAUCCCCAAAACCAAUGAGUAAAAUUAAAUCAAACUUAACGUAAAUUAUUUUUAUGGGUGGUUGAUUUUAAAACUUUAAAGAUAAGUAGAAUCCGUUUCUUUAAGUUGAUAAUUAAGCCUGUAGGUUAAGGCAACUCCAAGGUUAAUGAUCGUCAAUUUGAAUUUCCUUUUUAACAAUUGUUUAUUUUUUUAAUGAAAACAAUUCUAAAUAUUAAUAUGAAGUGAAUGUGUUCUUUAAAAAUAACUAUACUUUUACUUGCGAAUGAAGUCUUUCUGUUAAACUUUCCUUCCAUUGCAUCACUUGAAAGUAAAACAUAUACUACUAUUUUACCUUAACAAAAAAUCAAAUGUGUAAAACUGCUCUGAAAUCAUUUUAUCUAUGAUACACUUUUUUUUUAUCGACAAUUAGUUCUUGUUUAAUAUUUACACUUUUAAAAUGAAAUUAUUAAUCCCUAUAAAUAAACAAUAUCAUUAUUUAUCACAAACUCUCUCAAAUUUUGCUGUUUUAUUAAACAUGCCCCGUAAUAUUACGUAACAACAAGUCAAAUGUUUUUAGUACCAACAUUCUUAGUGCUAUACGUCAUUUGCUUUUGAUAUUUGAAGAUUUUUCUUUCAUAAUACUCGGGGCAGUGUUACAUUUUUUGUCCUUUUUUUUUUGUUUUACACUAUUGUAAAUCUGAGGAAUUUGUAUUGGAUAAGAUGCUUGUGACGUCAUCAAUAUGAUACGAAAUACUGGUACAUGUAAAUCAAAAAUAUACCUAGCUAGACUAGUUUCUAACAACAUUUCAUGUACUUUACAUAAUUUUGAGAAUAGAUUACGAUAAAGAAGACAGGUUUCUUUGGUAAAAGAAAACAUCAUACUGCUAAUUGUAUCGUCAGAUUGAACAGUGAAAUUUUACUGUGUUCUGCUUCAACGAAAUUAAGUUCAUCGUUAAAUGCCAUGCAUAUAUGUUUAGGGAUAGUACGAUUCAUAUUUAAGAAUACACUAACUCAAAUUCACGCCGACUUGUUAAAAAAACUAAUUCCCGCCAAAUAUAAAACGUUUACAAUAUUUGUUUUUUUAACAUAUUGACGUUACAGUAUAACGACCACUCUAAGGAUCUUGAACGUUGGAAAGUUUCAAUGGCAAACAGCGUCAUUGCCCAAGUGUCGCACGUCGUUAUAGUUGUCCACUAUACAUACCCAUUCACUAUUUCUAACAUGAGACUUCCCUUGAGGAAAUGCUUUAAGCAUAUCAAUAAUUAAUUCAGUAUGCACAAGGAACUCUGAAUCAACAAUGAAGACAUUAUAUAUUUGUAUGCUCCAUGAUAAAUCAGCAAGUUCGGCUAAAUAAAUAAGCAUACAACAUUACAGUUAUUUAAUGAAAUAAUGAUUUAAAAAAACACCAAAAAAAAUUUGAUUAACUUUAUUUUAGUGACACAUAUUCUAAAGGAAUGAACAAUAAUAAAGUGCGCAUUGACUUAUACAGUCAAUUGUAGCAGUGACUAAUAUUGCAAUGAUACAGGACAUUGCAUUAUACGUAAAUCGUUUCCUUUGAAAGAAGACCAAUAUUACUUUUUACAUCAUGCAAAAGUUAUCAACAUUUGACAAGGAUAUCUAAAUUCGUUUAUGAUAACGUAUAUUCAAGAGGAAUAUCCUUACUGGUAUGCUGGCCAAUGUCAUUACAUUCCGAUCAUUCUUUGUUUUGGACUACAACGUCUGUUUGGUUUUCUUAUUAUUUUCCGUGCUUUGUAAUUUUACGCAGAUUACAUCGGUUAUAAACAAAUAUGUUUAAACUAUCAAAAUGUUACUGUUUUAACUUUAAAACAGGUUUUUUAAAUGUCUUAUUUUUUGUCAUUUAGCUUUUGCUACUUAUUGAUUAGAAAUGAUUUUAAGUACGGUGUCCGCUAACCUUAAGGAUACUAAAAUGUUUAAGAAGCUAACUAACACCUUUACAGAAGGCUACUUUCAGAAGUGUUUUUCUUUUCUAACAUCUCCAAUGUCCAGCGUAUAUCUCCUAUUAAACAAAAGUUUUCAUUAUAUCGUUUGCACGAACUGACGUCACAUCACCAACAGAUUUGACAAUAAGUGUUAACAUACAGUACAUUAUGACACAUAGAAAAACAAAACGCGAUUGGAUGGAAAAUAAUGUAUGCUAGAAACGAAUUUGAUUUUCUUUAUAUCAAAGAUGGUGUUUAAAUUAGUUCCGUUUUCCGUUAGCAUCAAUCGAACUUUACUUGAUUAAAGAUAAUUAGUUUUUUGUAUAAACAGAUUUUAAUCUGAAUGAAUUAUCAAAUUUUAAUGUUAGAAGUAAAAUUAGAAUCCAGGUUUUGAGAAAAGAAGUUAUUGAAAUGCAAUUAAAGCUCGAGUUCUUUAUUUGUUUACAAAUAAUGUACAUAAAUUACAAAAUCCUUAACAAUACAACUUUGGCAGACAGGUGUUCAUAAUUGAAUAAUUCGAUCAGCAAUAAAAACCAAUAUUAGACUGUAACUGAUAUCAAUACAAAGCAUAUGUAAACUAUAACAGGUCUCGUGCUUUGUUUACUACACAAAUAAUUUUAACCCCUGUAACUCACUUGCAGCGAAAGAUUCCUAACAUUAAUAAUAAUAAUUGAAGACAUUUAGAAUGAAAAGAAGAAUUGAGCUCAAAUCCUUAUAAAUCUCCGUAUACUGCUAUUGCCAUUUGCCGACAGGCGAUAUACAAAUAUCUAAUGCUUCAUAUCUGUGAAACAAUUGUUUUGUUUUUACACGUGUUUUUACAAGCGCGCUUAAUUUGUAAACAUACCGUGGCCUUUUAUCAGAGCAAUUUUCGUUCAAUUCCAUUACAAAUAAGAAACAAAAACCAACGUUUUAACUCAGUUAAUGAAUAAUAACGGACAGUGUACUGUGAAUAAUAACGGACAGUGUACUGUGAAUAAUAACGGACAGUGUACUGUGAAUAAUAGCGGACAGUGUACAGUGAAUAAUAACGGACAGUGUACUGUGAAUAACAACGGACAGUGUACUGUGAAUAAUAACGGACAGUGUACAGUGGAUAAUAACGGACAGUGUACUGUGAAUAAUAACGGACAGUGUACUGUGAAUAAUAACGGACGGUGUACUGUGAAUAAUAACUGACAGUGUACUGUGAAUAAUAACGGACGGUGUACUGUGAAUAAUAACGGACAGUGUACUGUGAAUAAUAACGGACAGUGUACAGUGAAUAAUAACGGACAGUGUACAGUGAAUAAGGCAGGGAGGUCAACAAAUUAAAGACUGGAUCUACUUCAAAUUAAGCUAUGAUUUUUAAAGCCAAAACAGUUGUUCUAUAAAGAAAUAUUCCACAUUUUUAUGCUCUUAAAUUUGAAUAUGUUAAUAUUUUUUUUCAUAUAAAGCUCUUUUUUAAAGGAGAUCAAUCUAAUAAAGAAAUGACCACUGCUAUCCAUCCAUCUUAAUCAAUACUGCAAAAAAAUGAAUCAAGUUUAUUCAGAUAGUCAGACGUACACAAUGUAUUUGUUUUGCUUAUUUUUGUUUUAUGAUUUGUAAUUUAAUACUUCCUUCUUUUAUGUACUGUAAAUAUUCUGAAGUUUCCUUUAAAUGACAUUAUUAUUAUUUGUUGAUUAGCAAUUGUUAUUUAUUCAUUAAAAAUGACAUCAAGUAGAGUGUCCGUAAACCUUCUGAAUAGCAAAAAAUAUAACGUGUGUAAACGCAGAAAUCUAUAAAUAGUUUAAAGAAUAUCAAGAUACCCCACGACCAAAUAUCGUCAUUCCAUAAGACCCUUUCAACAAUUUUGAUAAGAAAGUACAACAAUUCUGAUAAGAAUAUUCAUAUCUUUCUUUUUUACCAAAGAAAAAUUAUAUUUCCCAAUGUAAAUUUGAUUUUUA